UGUCACACUCUUCCGGUUUGUUUUGGGAUCUCGCGCACACGUGGGGUUUUAGCCGCUCGCUACGCUGCGGAAUAUAAACCUGCUUUUAACUCGGUAUUCACCGAAAUAAACGCUAUAAUCCGGUGUGUGAUCAGGUCAUCAUGUUCCUGCAGUAUUAUCUGAACGAGAACGGCGACAGAGUUUAUACUCUGAAGAAAGUGGACCCGACCGGUCAGCCCACCGGCUCGGCGCAUCCGGCCCGCUUUUCACCGGACGACAAGUUCUCCAGACACCGAGUGACCAUCAAGAAACGCUUCGGCCUGCUGCUGACGCAACAACCACGACCCGUGCUCUGAACGGACCCCGGGGCCACCGUCAAUGGACUUUACACAAUUCAUUGUUUUUAACUGAAUAAUGUGAUGUUUACUUUCUCAUUACUAAAAGUAUGGCAUCCUUAUUUGUUAUUGACUCGAUGUUUAUUCAAGUUUAGUUUAUUCACAUUACAAGCAUGUGAAUGAAUCUUCAUGUGGAGUCAAAUAAAAUGAGUGAUUUGUAUAUUUGUUCCAAAUUUAUUUGGAAAUAACUUUUAUU